CGCGAGCGUCACCUCGGGAAGCCCGCGAACACACGGACUCUCGCGCCAAGCCGGCGACCUCCUUUUUCCGAGCAGAAGUGCCAGCUGUUUAGAAACUCUACAGCAGUGGAGAGAAAAGAAGCAUUUUCUGGAAUAAGUGAGAGAUUAAUUGUGAGAGGAAGUGUGAGAGGAAGGCAGGGAAACUGACAAACAUACAGAAGCACACGUGGUGUGUGAGACUGCACGUGUACGAAUGGAAAGAACUUUGGUGUGGAGCACUCUCAAGGUUGUGGUACGAGAUACCACAGAGACUGAGUGGCAGUUUAUAUAAAAAAGACACCUUAUUUUUUCCUGUAAGAUCAAAGCCAUUAGUGGUUCCUGUAAGGAAAUAUUUACAGAGGGAAGUGAAACUGCCUCCUGUUAGCAACACCUAAGAAUCGAGCAGUUUGUGUCCUUUUCAGGACAGGUAAUCCUCAAGAUCACACUGCCUUGUUUUACUAACCGUAGAGAGUGAGACGCUUUGUCUGAAAACAAGUAAGAGGAGAAAAGAGAAAUGUCUGCAGAGGAGCAGAGCUUAUCUGAGGUGGAGAUGAGUCCCGGGGCAUCGGAUGAUGGUCGUUCUCUGUCGCCCGGCCACUCGUCCGGGGCGGCGGGAGGGGGCGAGUCGCCCCUGGCCGGGACGCAGCCGUCCAUGUCGGGGGUCGGCGAUGAAGUCUGUGGGGCACCAGGCCGGCUGGUGGCCAAGGCGGAUGAGGAUGAUGACCGUUUCCCGAUUGGCAUCCGCGAGGCCGUCAGUCAAGUGCUGAACGGAUACGACUGGACCCUGGUGCCCAUGCCCGUGCGCGUCAACUCCGGGAGCAAGAGUAAGCCACAUGUGAAGCGGCCCAUGAACGCCUUCAUGGUGUGGGCACAGGCCGCACGUCGGAAGCUGGCUGACCAGUACCCACACCUACACAACGCAGAACUCAGCAAAACCCUGGGCAAACUGUGGAGGCUGCUGAAUGAGAACGACAAGAGGCCCUUCAUCGAGGAAGCCGAGAGGCUGCGCAAGCAGCACAAGAAGGACUACCCGGAAUACAAGUACCAGCCACGGCGCCGUAAGAACGGCAAGCUAGGCUCUGGCAGCGAGGCCGAUGCCCACUCCGAAGGCGAGGUCAGCCACAGCCAGUCACACUACAAGAGCCUUCACCUAGAUGUGGCUCACGCCGGAGGGGCGGUAUCACCCCUCGCGGAUGGACACCAUCCUCAUUCUGCAGGUCAGAGCCACAGCCCACCCACCCCUCCCACUACCCCCAAGACAGAACUUCAGUCUGGGAAAUCGGCCGAGGGAAAGCGAGAGGGCGGGGGUCCAGGAGGAUCGCGAGGAGGCUUGGGUGUGGCUGCCGAGGGGGGAUCCGGCUCCGGGUCGGUCGGAGGGAAGCCCCACAUCGAUUUCGGCAAUGUAGACAUUGGCGAGAUCAGCCAUGAGGUCAUGGCCAACAUGGAGCCCUUUGAUGUGAAUGAAUUCGACCAAUACCUGCCCCCCAACGGGCACCCAGGGGUGGGGCAAGGGGGUGCAGGCGUGGCGGGCUCCUCGAGCUCACCUUACGCAUACGGCAUCUCCUCUGCCCUGGCCGCAGCUAGCGGACACUCAGCAGCUUGGCUGUCCAAGCAACAGCAGCAGCAGCAGCAGCAACCGCACCACCAGUCCUCGCUCAGCUCAGACCCGUCUAAAGCCCCCAUCAAAAGCGAAUCAGGGGCGGGGUCUCAUUUUUCGGAGGCCACCUCUGGAGGCUCACAUGUCACCUAUACCCCUCUUAGCCUCCCCCAUUAUGGUUCCGCCUUCCCAACCCUGGCCUCCAGGGCCCAGUUUGAGUACUCCGACCAUCAGCCCUCAGGCUCCUACUACGCCCAUUCUGGGCAGCCGUCGAGCUUGUACUCAGCCUUCUCCUACAUGGGCCCCUCCCAGAGGCCCCUCUACACUGCCAUCACUGAACCCACCAGUGUGCCCCAGUCGCACAGCCCCACCCACUGGGAGCAGCCCGUCUACACCACCCUCACACGACCUUAAGCAUCGUAAGUUCAAAUGUAAUCUCCGUUUGUACCCGCAGAGGAGGGAAAGAGGGUCUAAGAGACGAACGAUGACGUGCUGUGUGGUGCCGAUCCUACUUUUGAGUGACUGGUGAGGUGUAGGGAGGAAAUUUAAAUUUUCACUGGUUUUUCAGUAAUAGUUUGCUGUUUUAUGCCCUUUGAAAGGCUUUUUUUUUGAAGAAGAACAAGAUCGCAGUAAGGCAGACAGACGUGCCUUACAAUAUUAGCUACGACUAAGGAAGAGAAAAACAAAUUUCACUGUGUUGUAAAGGUAGAUUUAUCACCAAAGUCUGACACAUUACGUCGUAACACAGUGCCUUUAAAGUAUAUUUAUGAUGCAGUGUGUUUGUGGUAUAAAUAUCACCAAAGUACUCAGGCCAAAACUAUAAAGACCAACAGAUCAUCGUCUUUUGAAUAUACAGACACAACUGUAGUUCACACAGGGCCCUAACUUGUGGUCACUAAACAUCCCAAGGCAUUUAAUGGAAUGAAUAGGGGCAUUAGCCUGGCAAAACUCCCAUAUUUGCCCUUCCCACUGGGCUGUCUAAUCAGCUCCAGCCUAAUUGGCUCGUCAGAUUACUUUUAAGAGCUUUGGGUGACAGACCCCGCGUAAACAAGAGUCCGUCGGAAAUAACAUUACGCCCUUUCUUCACUGAUUGAUUUUAGCACGGCUCUGCUGGAAAUUGUGAGCAUAACAAGUAUCGCAGAGCGUUCUUCCAAAAUGUGAGCGUACGGUAUAAUUACCCCACACUUUUUAUUUCAGUGGGUAUAUGCUGAAAUUAAUCAAGUUCUUUUAGCUUUUCUUUCAGCAAUACGGAAACUUCUAAAAACAAUGGGUUUAAAAGAACAUAUGCAAACGAUAGUUAUGGCCGGUAGAAUAUUAAUAAAAAAUAUUUUAUACGUCAAUAAUAUUUUGUAUUAACCAAAAUGGUUAUUUUCUCAAUAUCGUCAAGGUACAAUGUUAUUAAUAUCGAUGUUAUUGUCAUCUGUCAAUUUUGUUGUUGCCAUUAUUACACUAAGUCUACACCACUGCCCUUAUCACCAUAUCUUUAUUUGUAGUAUUUUUUAAAUGUACAUAUUUCAUGUAAAGUAUUCAUUUUGUAGUUAGUUUUAUGCUGCAAUUUUUACAGGACUUUCCUAUAUUCAGUAAGUGCUUGUGGCUACAAGAGAAUUAAUGAGAAUGAGCGAUAACAGGAAGGACAAGUGAGUGAGUGUGUGUGUGUGUGUGUGUGUGUGUGUGUGUGUGUGUUUUAGCCCUAUUAGAAAUCCGCAGUGUCAAAGUACAGGUCUACUUCUUUUAUGUAACGGAAAUUGAAUUGAAAAACCUGUCCAAAUCAAUGUAGAAUAAUUCAGAGUACGAUUCCUGGCAUCAUCUUGAUGAUAAUUUGACUCUGAAUGAGACAAUUGACACACAGGGUGUAGUUGCAUCCCAUGGAUAUUUUGUAUUUCAGUCUGACAAUAUAUAGACAAAAAAAACACUGAAAGAGACUUUCCUAAGAAACAUGACUUGCCAACCCAUACUCUAUAAAAACUUAAAUCUUUCAAGGAUAUACACACACACACACACACACAUUUUCUGAACCGCUUGUCCCAGACGGGGUUGCGGGGAA